UUUAGUGAACAAAGGCAAUGGUAGAGACUCUAUGAAACUCUCAAUUUGAGCUUUGCUUAGAUCAGCUGCUGAGGUGUUCAUUCAAACUGAAACUUGAAGUUAUCUGAAGAUGAUAGUUUUGAUGACGAGGUCGAUGAUUUGCGGCCUCAUUUCAUCCGUAAAGUUUUUCUUUUUUAUACCUUGAUGAAGAUUAUAAACUUCAACAGGUUAGAGUGAGUGUCAUCUCUUUCCAGCCAACAUCAUCUCUUACUGCCUUUUCUUUCCGAUCAUUUCUUGCUCAUCUUUUUCUCUCCCGUAUCAUCUUCAUCAUCCUCAUCAUCAUUCUGUUUACACAUCAAUGGGCCUAAAACUGACUUCUUUUUUCUUCAUCACUACUCUUUAAUUGAUUUAAUACUUGCCAUUGUACCUUUUUUUCAUCCAGUCUCUUUUUCCAAUUUAAUUUUUGAUUUAAUCUAUGUGAUAACUUAGUCUAACGAAACCAAAUCAACCCUAUCAUUGUUGUUUACUUCUUUAAAAAAUCCUGAUAGAUCAUUUUUACAUUUAACUUGUAUUUGAGUGAUUAAUCUUACAUCUACCUGUACAACAUAAAAUCUUAAAAUGGUACCUUUGGUCGAUUUGGUUUUCAAAGGUUCUCGAGUUCGAUUAAGACGCUAUAGUAUUGCUCUUAUAUUGAUGAGUGUCCUAGUUUUAGCUACCUUUAUGUUAAUAUCACUCGUGCCAAGUGGAACUGAAAAGAGACCUCUUAAUGAACCUAAACAACGUCGAGCUCAUCCUAAAUUUCAACCCUUGAUAGGUAAGGAUGAGAAACAAGAUGCUCAACAUGUUGACAUUAAGGAAGUUGACAACAACAAUGAUGCUGUAGGUCCAGCUCCUGCCAAUGAGGAAGAAAACAAAAUUUCCAAUAAUCAUCCAAUAAGGGUUGGUAGCGAUAAAUUCAAACAUAUUGAUGAAACAGCUGGCGCAAUGCCAACCUAUUCUUAUGGAGACAAAUAUGCAUAUUUUGAAGAGACUAGAUUGGGUAAUUACGAGGAUGUUAAACCACCUAAGACAGGAAGAAAUGGUGAUGGCGGAAAACCCUUUAAACUGGAUUCUGUCAAAAAUAUUGACCACAAAGAGGUUCAUAGUUUAAAAUCGCAAUAUGGUAUGAAUAUUGCUGCCAGUCAGUUGAUUCCUAUGGACCGUACUGUUCCUGAUAUAAGACUAGAUGAAUGUAAAUAUUGGCAUUAUGCUGAAAAUCUGCCCACAGCUUCGGUUGUUGUUGUAUUCCAUAAUGAAGGAUUGUCAACUCUCAUGCGAACUGUCCACUCCAUUUUACUUCGAUCACCUCGUCAAGCUUUACGUGAAGUUUUAUUGGUCGAUGAUUUUUCUGAUAAAAAACCUCUCAAGGAAGAAUUAGAGAAAUACAUUUCUGAUCAUUUUGGAACUUUUAAAAGUAGCUUUGAUUCCACUGCUUAUGACAAAGAUAAAUCUUUACAAGGAGAAGAGCUUGACGAAAGGUCAGGUAAAGUUCGACUGAUUCGCAAUACUGAGCGAGAAGGUCUUAUCCGAUCAAGAUCAAGAGGUGCUAAAGAAGCAUUAGGAGAUGUAAUAGUUUUCCUCGAUGCUCACUGUGAAGUUAAUUAUAAUUGGUUGCCACCUCUAUUAGCUCCUAUUGCACGGGACAAAAAAACUCUUACAGUCCCAAUCAUUGAUGGUAUCGAUUCAGAAACCUUUGAAUACCGAUCGGUAUACUCUCGCCCAGACCAACAUUACCAAGGAAUCUGGGAAUGGGGAAUGUAUUAUAAAGAAAUCGAACUGGAUAUGGAUAAACAUUUGAAAACACACAAAGUCAGUGAACCUUACGAAGCUCCAACUCACGCUGGUGGUCUUUUCGCCAUUGCCAAAGAUUAUUUUCUUGAACUUGGAACUUAUGAUCCUGGUUUACUUGUGUGGGGUGGAGAAAAUUUUGAACUCUCUUUCAAAGUUUGGCAAUGUGGGGGCAACCUUUUGUGGGUUCCUUGUUCUCGAGUUGGUCAUGUUUACCGACCUUUCAUGCCUUACUCAUUUGGAUCUUUAGCAAAUAAACGGAAAGGUCCUCUCAUCAUUACCAAUUACAAGAGAGUCAUUGAAGUUUGGUGGGAUCAACAAUUUAAAGACUAUUUCUACACUCGUGAACCUUUGGCUACAUUUUAUGAUCCAGGAGAUUUUUCUGCCCAGUUGGCAAUUAAAGAUAAACUUCAAUGUAAAUCCUUUAAAUGGUUCAUGGAUCGUAUUGGCCAUGUUGUCUAUAAACAUUUCCCUCCAUUGCCCAAGAAUGUCCAUUGGGGCGAAAUCAGGAAUAAAGUAAAUAAUAAAUGUCUCGAUACUGGUUCAUCAGCACCACCGAGAACUGUUCAUUUGUCUCAGUGUCAUUCUUCUGGUGGCAACCAAUUGUUCCGACUCAAUGAAGAAGGACAAAUUGGUGUUGGUGAAAGGUGCAUUGACGCUGAUAAUCAUAAGAUGAGUCUAAUAUAUUGUAAAUUAGGAUCUGUUGAAGGUCCUUGGUCAUAUGAUGAACAUACUCAACAAAUGGUGCAUACAUCUUCAACAACAUCGAAAUGUCUACAGUUCUUUAAAAGUGAUUCUAGCGUUAAAUUGGCUACAUGUGAUCCAAAUGACGAUUCGCAAAAAUGGAUUUGGUCAAAGAUUACUCCUUUCAUCAGUCAAAAUGAAGAUUAAUAAUUUAUAUCUAUCAACAGUUAUAUAACGUUUUUAUAACAUAAUAUUUGAUGAAUUAUUACUAAAUCGAAGCGCUUGGUUUCAACAAUGUAAACAAAGGAGCACAAAAAAACCAGCUUGGUUACAAAAAUUCAUCAACCAACGAUUUAACCGAAUCAUUCCUAUUAACUUUAAAAUGAAACAUUAUGUGAUCCUAACUAUAAAGUGAUCUAAACUCGUUUUAGAUGGAAUGGGAUGUUCAUAUUUCUAUUAUUAUCUGUGAUGUGCCUUAUGGAUUUGUUUUAUAAAACACCUUUCAAUUCAAUAGUUUUUCCGUCACAUACAAUGUGUCGAGAAAAAGAUUUCCUGAUAUUUCUUCCACUUUUCCAUUACAUGACGUUCUCAUGCAAAUUAUACAAACAUCUUGGAUGAAUAAUUCGUUUAAUACUGUGCAUAGUUUGAAUCAUAUUUUUCGCAUUGAGUCACAAGUGCAAGAAACGAAUAUACUGAACGAUAAGCUCUCGAAUGAGCACAAUAGUGGCUCAAUCAAAAAAUAGUAUAUUCUACCGCUACAUGAAUGGUGUCUUUUAAUAAUGGUCACAAUUGCUUUCUCUUAGUCUUUUCAACUCAUCUCAUAUAUCUCUGGAUAUCAGUGCUUAUGAUGGACAAUUUUCAACAAACUGGUAACAUAAAUUAAUCUGAUAGAAUUAUUUAAAAAAUCUAAAAAAUAAAGACGCAGUGAAGUCCAUUUUUUACGAAAAUCAAAAACAGAAGAUCGUCAAAAUUCUGGUUAAAAGUCAAUGAUAAAUUAAAUUAAAUUUGUAAAAUAAAACUUGUUUAAAAUACAUAAUAAAACAACAUUAAUAAAUUACCGAUAUAUAAUAUUUAA